AUGGAAUAUGUGAAUGAUAUGUGGUCACAUCGACCAAUCGAUCGUGCAAGUACACCAAUUCCAAGAGAAGAUGUCAAUACUCAACCUCGAACAUCAACACCAAAGAUUUCCAAAACAAUUCAUUUGGUUCAACGUUCAAGAAAAAAGAAAAAGAAGAAGAAAUCAAUUGAUCAAAUUAACUACCAUCGACUUUUCUAUGGAAAUCUUCGUAAACAUCGACAUUCAUCAAUUCAAAUCUGGUUUUUGUAA